AUGAGAUUUCUUCUCUCCCUGCUCGUCUUAGUACCUGAACUCGCGGUCUUUGGUACGACCGCUGCUCUUCCAUCAAGCUAUGCGGUCCAUGAAUCGCGAAUCGUGGAUCCCCGGAAUUGGGAAAAGACCAGCAAAGUCAGUUCAAGUCUGCCGAUAAUAGUUCGUAUUGGACUCACCCCGAGCAAUCUCCACAAGGCUGAGGACUCUUUGAUGGAUAUGUCCCACCCCGAUUCUGUCAACUAUGGCAAGUAUUGGACUGCUCAACAGGUCACGGAUACCUUUGCACCAUCUGACGCUACUGUUUCCCAAGUCCUCAACUGGUUGAGGGGAAACGGCAUUAACGAAACUCGUGUCAUCCAGACUGAGAAUAUGGGCUGGCUGGCCUUUGUCGCUUCUGCCAGCGAGCUCGAGAGUCUGGUACAUACGGAGUACUUCUACUACUCGCACAACCAGAAUUCCAAAACAGUUAUUGCUACCGAUAAAUACCAUAUUCCGGAAGCUAUCCAGCAACAUAUCGAUUACAUACAUCCCGGAAUUCGAGUUGCUGCGGGAAGGGGAAAGAUUCAGCGUUUUGGAAAUCCCGGCCAAACUGCUCAAUGGCACCCCAAUGGUGACUUGGCGCACUGUGACCAAGUUAUUACCCCGGACUGUAUCAAGGCUCUCUACCAGAUUCCCGCUGCGCCAUCUGUCGUGAAUGCCAAAAAUGCCCUAGGAAUCUUCGAGGAGGGAUACUACGAUGUGAAAGAAGACCUCAAUCUCUUUUACCAGAACUUCUCUCUGAGUAUUCCUCAAAACACACAACCCAACGUCUCUUUCGUUGACCAGGCAUUGCCUGCUGCAUCUAAUCCCUAUGCAGCGGGUGAAUUUAGUCUCGAUGUGGAGCUUGCCUACCCGAUCGUUUACCCACAGAAGAUUACACUCUUCCCGACUGACGACACUUACUACGUCGAGAACUCUUCCUACGAUAGUGGGUUUUUCAAUACCUUCCUGGAUGCCCUAGAUGGGUCUUACUGCACAUAUUGCGCUUAUGGAGAAUGUGGGGACGAUCCAGACCUAGAUCCCAUAUAUCCGGAUUCCAAUAGCGGUGGCUAUAACGGGACCUUGAUGUGUGGUGCGUACGAGCCGACAAACGUUAUUUCCAUUUCCUAUGGACUCCAGGAGGACGAUCUACCCGUUGCGUACCAGAAGCGCCAAUGCAAUGAAUGGCUCAAACUAGGCUUGCAAGGAAUCACCGUCCUCGUGGCCUCUGGCGAUGCGGGUGUCGGCGGACCAGCAGGCGACGACAGUACCAAUGGUUGCCUUGGAUCCCAAGGAAAGAUAUUUAGCCCUGCUUUCCCCAACACUUGCCCCUGGAUUACCAGUGUCGGUGCUACAAAGGUCUACCCAGGCCAUACAGCGUUUGAGACUGAAAGUGCCGCGAAUGAUCCAUCGACUGGUUUUGCCUCUGGGGGUGGCUUCAGCAAUAUUUACCCCGUUCCCCAGUAUCAAGCGGCAGCCGUUGCGAGAUAUUUCGAAACUACCAACCUGCCAUAUGCUUCUUAUUCUGGUGAAGCAAAUCUAAAUACCACCAGCGGUGCAUACAACAGCAGUGGCCGAGGAUAUCCUGACGUUGCCGCUAAUGGAGACAACAUCGCUGUCUGGGCUAAUGGUAAAUUCGCUUUGGAGGGUGGUACAAGUGGUAGUACACCAAUCUUUGCAUCCAUCGUCAAUCGCCUUGUGGAAGCUCGUAUGGCAAUAGGUAAAGGUCGGCUUGGAUUUAUCGCUCCAGCUUUGUAUGCAACUCCCGGCGUUCUAAAUGACGUUACUAACGGCACCAAUCCUGGCUGUGGCACGGAAGGGUUUUAUACUGCUCGAGGGUGGGAUCCAGUCUCUGGUCUUGGAACACCGAACUUUCCUAAGAUGCUCGCAUACUUCCUGGCUUUAGAUUAA